GCCUCUCUUCUCGUCACCGCCGGGUUGAUUCAAAAUACAUGGUCGCUUCUCUUCAUUGCCAUUCUGUGCUUGCUCACUCUUCUGUCAUCAGUCCACGAGUUUGUGGAUUGAAAAUUUGGAUAUUCCAAAGGCUGAAGGAUCUACAGCCCAUCAGAAAGCUUGGAUGGGAAAAGACACCUGUGAAGUUGGAGGUUACAGGCAAAGAUCGAGAAGCUGACUUCUCAGGAAAUGCUUCAUCAUGUGAUGGGAAACCUAAUGAAGAAGUGCAGCUAUUGAAUGAAAAUGUAGAUUCAGCUGAACAAACAACGUUGGCAAACUCUCAAUCAGCAGAGAGUUCUCCUCAUAAUCAUCAACCUUCUGUUUUGGAUGAUCUUUGGUCUCCCAAGGAACCUCCCCUCUCUGUGGUAGAGACAUCUUCAAAUGUAUAUGGCAGUCUUGGUGGAAGAACACCCUCUCUUUGUAUUGCUGUUAUAGGAGCUACUGGUGAACUAGCAAGAAAUAAGGUUUUUCCAGCAUUAUUUGCUUUAUACUACAGUGGCUUUCUCCCAGAGAAUGUGGGUAUAUUUGGAUAUUCUAGAAAGCAGUUGACGAAUGAGGAUCUAAGAACUAUGAUUGCAGCAAAUCUAACUUGCCGUGUGGAUCACCGUGAAAACUGUGGGGACAAGUUGGACGCAUUUCUCAGAAGAACAUUCUAUAUCAAUGGAGGAUAUGACAACAGAGAUGGUAUGACAAAGCUCAGUUCCCUAAUGGAGGACAUCGAGGGUCACCAUGACGCAAAUAGGAUUUUUUACCUUUCAGUGCCCCAAGAAGCUUUUCUUGAUGUUGCAUUGUCGCUUGCUGAAAAUGCACAGACUAAAAGAGGCUGGAACAGGAUUAUAAUUGAGAAGCCAUUUGGUUUUGAUGCAUUGUCAUCAUCACAGUUGACUAGAUUUCUUCUGUCCAAAUUUGAAGAGAAGCAAAUUUAUAGAAUAGAUCAUCUUCUUGGGAAGGACAUAAUUGAAAAUCUCACUGUUUUGAGAUUCUCUAAUCUGGUUUUUGAGCCACUUUGGAGUCGGACUUACAUACGUAGCGUACAGGUUAUCCUUUCAGAAGAAUGUGGUAUGGAAUCACGAGGAAGAUACUUUGGUCGCUACGGGAUUAUCCGAGAUGUAGUUCACAGUCACAUCCUCCAGACAAUUGCAUUAUUUGCUAUGGAGCCACCUGUUAGUCUUGAUGGCGAGGAUAUUCGAAAUGAAAAGGCCAAGGUUCUCAGAUCAAUACGACAAUUGAAACUUGAUGACAUAGUUCUUGGUCAGUAUAAAGCUAGCUCGAAAGAAAAUGUUGCUACAUAUAUGGACUCACUGACUCCAACAUUCUUUGCUGGUGUUCUAUUCAUUGACAAUGCAAGAUGGGAUGGGGUUCCAUUCUUGAUCAAAUCUGGAAUGGGGCUCAUCAAACACCGGGUUGAGAUCCGCAUCCAGUUUCACAAUGUUCCAGGCAAUAUCUACCGUGAGCGCAUAGGUCAUAACAUUGCCCUUUCCACUAAUGAGCUUAUUCUUCGAGAUGUGCCAGAUGAAGCCAUUCUCAUGAAGGUCAACAACAAGGUUCCUGGGCUUGGGCUGCAGUUGGAUGCAUCUGAACUAAACUUGCUUUACAAGGACAAGUAUAAUGUUGAAAUUCCGGAUUCCUACGAGCAUCUUCUUCUCGAUGUGAUUAAUGGUGACAAUCAUCUCUUCAUGAGGAGUGAUGAACUUGAGGCUGCAUGGAAUGUUCUCACUCCCAUCCUUCAUGAGAUCGAUGAGAACAAAAUGAUUCCUGAGUUGUAUGAAUUUGGAGGAAGAGGGCCUGUAGGUGCAUAUUAUCUUGAUGCAAAGCAUGGUGUUCGGUGGGCUGAUGAUUAAAACUUUCUUACAGAGUAUUGAUUUUCCAUAAUCCUACGACAUUAUGGUAUAAAGCAACAAUAUUUAAUAUCAAUGUAUAGAGAUGUAUCUUUACUUUGGUAUAAUUUAUCGGCUUCUGUUGUCUCUCGCUCUGGUGUCAGCUUCAUAUUUUCCACAUUGACUGUAACUUCUAAUUUUGCUUGGAAAUAAAUAAAAUUUGGAAGUUUUUGUAA